GUGGGAUAUCUACCAACUGUCAAAGUCAGGCCCAUGAAGCGCAUCAAGGAGGAAGGUAAAAACGCUGUGUUUUAUUGCUUUGCUGGCGGACAGCAAAGACCAAGAUUCGCUUGGACUCGGGAAGACGGACAACCGAUGUCGCGGCGCGUUUCAGUGAAAGGAAAAAGAUUAAAGAUCAGGGGAGUGCAGAAAGAAGACGAAGGAACGUACGUUUGUACCGCUAGAAAUGUUUACGGGUCCGAAACAGCUUCGGCAAAGAUGACUGUGAAAGGUGAAUGUUCCCUUGUCAAUACCUCUACUGCAUUUAGCAGAAUUUAUGUCAGUUUCAAAUAAGAUAGAAAUAUGAACACUGCUUCAUCGCAGUUUCUCAUUGAUGUUCUUUCGCUACAGCUGAGUUACGUAAGGCCUGGUGAAUAGCACAGCGCACAAAUGAAUAAUUUCAAUACAUUUCGUCAUUUAUGUCAUUUUGAUGACGAAAAUCAGGCUAGUAUGACAGAAUACAAACAAAAGAGAGGAAUUGUUUGAUUGACCAAUCGUUUAGAUUUUGCAGUAUGACGUCAAAGCAAAGUAUCUCAGGCAUGACGUCUUUUCACCUGAGCGUUUGAUAAACCAAUCAAAUAGCUCUAUUUCCGUUCGUUUGUUGUUUCUGUUUUGAUCGCGUGUUUUCAUUUCAAGGUCAUACGAAAAUCGCUCUAAACUGUGAACUACUGUCUUUUUUUAGACGUUCUUGUAGACCCUAUUGCAGUAACUGUCUCCCCAAAAGUUCUCUACGUCCCAUUAAACAAAAGUGCACAGUUCACUUGCACAGCCAAAAGUGACGCUGAUUAUAGUCUCAAAUGGACGCUUGGUAUGUAUGGUGCACUUCCUGAAGGGGCUGUAGACGAAAAUGGUGUCCUUAAGUUUGAGAAUACACAAGGUAUUCACGAAGGGACCUACACAUGUACUGGUAAAAACUCAUUUACUAAUGACAUGGCCAGCGUUCAGCUGCGUGUGGGAGGUAAGAAAAUACUGGCUUCUGGAUAGCUAAAGGUACUGAAAAACGGGCAACAAAAAGCGUGCAACUUGUUUUGCAGCAAUUUUGCAAAACAUAGCGAUCUUAAGCGUUUUACCACCCACGUUCAAACCUGUUAACAACCUGAUUUGUUGCGAGACAGGUUUUGAUGUGGGUGGUAAAACGCGCAACAUCGAUCUUCAACUCGUUUUGCAGCAAUGUUGCACGACAACUUGCACGUCUUUUGUUGCCCAUUUUUCCGUACCUCAAGCCUCGCCUGUUACAUUAACUUGUCAUUAUUAAUAUUUUCCUUCAUUUGACUAAAAUAAUAUAAAAAUAAUACAUUCGAACAUCCCGCAGGCGACCACGCAAAAUGUCAAGAUUUUGUUGUCGCUUACGAGGAUCAGCAACUCAACAGUCGAACAGGUUUUCAGUAGAACAGGCACCCAGAUAUGCUUUUACUCGGAAAAUGAACUCGGCUAAGUUGCCCCUCCUCUUGUUUAUGGGGUGUAAAUCGUAGAUUGCGGUGUGACUCGAGGUGUUUAAGACAGAAGUCAGACAUUGUUCCAAUGAAGGUAUGGCUAAUAAUCUAGAUUAAAUGCUUGCCACUAUUAGUAGGUGGUCAUUUGAUUGAAUAAACUUAACCUUUUAAAGAAAAAAUAAACGAAAGUGCCAAAUAUUUAGGGUAAACAGAUUUUCGCCUUAACUCAUGGCGAGUUACUAUUCCAAAUACUCCAUUUAAUCUUGUUUCUCGUUGUAACAGAUUUAUACAUAUAUAUGUCAAGUUUAGUAACGGUUACCAGCUGUAUGGAUUAGUGGAGUUCUGUCAUGCAAUUUAGUUUUUUACCUUCCUCUAUAAUUCAGUAUGGUUAAUGGUUAUAUUUAGUAUACGUAUGGUUAAUCUAAUGGCCGCAAAAGCACUUAUUUUUCUUUUGUAGUGACAAGUCCGAAAGUGUCGAUUUCACCCGUACUACUGAGCGUGCGCGAAGGAGACUCGGCUCAAUUUCGCUGCUCAGCCAUUGGAUUUCCCGCUCCAGUCCUCCAGUGGCACGGUGGUCCUGACAGUAAACUACCAUCAGAAGCAAUAUUGUCUAAUGACAAUGGGCUUCUUACAAUUCCUAAAAUAGAGAAGAUAAAUGAAGGAAAGUACUUUUGCACCGCUGAAAACUUGGGUGGCAUUUCCGGUACUAGCGCGUUUCUGAAUGUCUCCGGUAAGAAAUUGAUCCUUCAUUGUUCUUCAUUUUUCUUUGAUUUCGUUGAUUCUUUCCCAGGGGUUACAAACAAUAAAUAAAGCUUUGAAAAAUUGUUAGGUUAACACUGAAAUUUAAAAAAAAGUUCAUCUCCAUUCCAUUGCAGUUAUUUUUAUCUUUCGCUCGAUUUGGGUUUUGAUAAAUUUCGUGAAGUAGCUCCCUUAAGCAGAAAAUAAACACGUUUUCUACUCGAUGCCAACAUGGUUCCCAGGGUUCUUACCCCCCUACUUUCCCCUUCCCCCUCUCCCUCUCUCUCGUCAGCAUUAACACUUACUUCCCACUUAGGGCAAAAUGUUGGCUUAGGGAAGGGGUAGGUGGGCAGUUUCCCAGAAACGUAUAAUGAUCCCUGGGAACGAUGUUUGUUUCUUACAUCAGUUAUUUAUCAUCUUUUUAACAGCCGGUGGCAGCGUCCCUGAAAUCUCAGUCACUCCCAGCACUCUCAAUGUUAUAGAAGGUGAUGAGGCGUUAUUUGAAUGCUUUGCUGUUGGAGACCCGCCUCCUACAAUUCGCUGGUCACGUGAGAAAGGUCAGCUUUCCUCGUCAUCUUCGUCCGAGAAUGGCGUGCUAAUAAUUUCCUCAACGAAGCUUGAAGACGCAGGAACUUCCUUUUGCAGAGCUGCGAACAAAUUCGGAGCCAAGGCUGCACCUGUAACAUUGAAUGUUGAAAAAGGUAUUAUUUAGGCCCCGUUCAUAAGUGUCAGGAAAUUUUUGAAUCCGCAACUUUUUCUUUGCGAAUUCGGCUUCUGUCCACACAUAUCCGGUGUAUCCGGCAUACGAAUCCGUUCGCCAAACUGGAAAUUUUUGAAUACGCUAUGAAUCCGGCAUCGCGUGGACGCUAAUUCCAGAUAUGUUUUUAUCCAGUGACGUCACAACAUCGAGCCCAGUUCUUUACCAUGAAUAUUCAAGACGAUGCCGAGCGCGAUGGGUUAUCGCUUCCACACUUCUUGGACUUCAGAUUCAAGUCAUAACUUGUGGACUGUUAAACCUAGUAUGAGUACUUGAGACUUAUGCCAAACGGCGGCUCGACAUUUUGAAGCUUCUUUCCAGGUCGGACGGACGAAUUUGGACACCGUAAACAAGUUGAAACGAGCGAAAUAGUGCUUGGCGACGAUUUUGUCAGUGAAACAGUUAUUGAAGAAGACUGGCAAUAAAAUUUUCGCAUGAGCCGAAGAUCGCUGUACAAAUUAGCUAACGAACUGAGAGUGAAUCCCAGUACGGGUGGACGUGGGCAAAUUAUAUUAGAUUUGAGUACGGAUACAUGUGGAUUUAAAAAUUUUGCGGAUUAGAAAAUAUCCGGAUACGUGUAGACGUAGACGGGACCUUAUUCGACAUUGGAUAAAACUGCACUUAAAGGAGAGUCAAGGCAGUCCAGUUCAUUUUGUUUAAUUUUGCCAGAGUUACUCGCCCUCAAUCGCUAUGGAACUUAAAGUAAGCAAAAAAAAAUAACUUGUAAAUGACACAAGCAAAGAUUCGAGACAAACAAAUAUGUCUCCUGUGCAUUAUUUUUCAAGUUGCAAACAGCAGAGAGCAACUUUGAUAAACUGUUAGGUUGAACAGUUUUCAAAAACCCUAAUUUCAAUCCGUUUCAAUCUUCUUCAGUUUUGCCCAUCCGUGGCAUCUGCUGUAACUGUUGUGUUAUUUUAACCUUCCUUUAAUGUUUUAAGCGGUUAUUUUUGUUUCUCUUAAUUUAACAGGCAUUUUGUAAUUACCUAAUAUGGCUGAAUUUCGUGGCACAGCGUCUUUAAUUUUUUUUCGUUUUUCUUAUUUUCUAACAGAACACAUCAGGCUAGUAGCCUGAGUGAGGUAAAACUUACUUUUGAGAAUCAGUCAAACAGUUUCGAGUUUUGGUAAAACUAACGCUUGAGUCUGAGAUAGAGGGGUAUAAAACAAAAGAUUCCAGCCCAGGUUUGAAUAAGUCAUAAUAUUUUGUUUAAAUUCCCUCUACCUCAGAGCCACGCACGGUCUCUCAAAAAUGAAAGUUUUAACAUGAUAAUAUUUUGUCAGUAAACUUAAAAGAUUGAAAUUUAUUAAAACUCUUCUUAUUAAGAGGUGAGAUGGUAGAGUAUAUACCUCGUUUUUUUCUUCAGACAACUCUGUCGCUCCAACAGCAGUCAUGGUACCGUUAAAUCAAACUAUUGACGUAGGUGCAUCAGCAAUCCUGUCAUGUCAGGUGACAGGACGUCCCUACACCACCAUACAGUGGAACAAAAUUGGCGGCAGCUUAACGGAGAAUCACGUAAUUGAAGAAGGCGUGCUGCGGAUACAAAACGCGACUAUUGAGGACGCGGGAACGUACGUGUGCGUGGCGCAAAACAAGAAAGGAGUCCAGCAGGCAACAGGGAUAGUUGAUGUUAGAAGUGAGUAAUACUCAAAGCACUCCUAUCGGUGAACUUGUGGAAUAGUUUGCAUGAACGCAUGGAGGGUCAGCCAGGGCUAUACUGAGAUAGGUUAUAUUAUUAAUACGCAUACCAUAAUUACCCCUUUCACUCCAGCCAAAAGUGUUACGUAACAGGGUCUACGUUGCCACUCCAAAGGCAUUAUUCAGUGAGAUCAGAAAAUCGCAACUUUACGUAUAAUGAUUUGAGAGAAGAGUUUAGUUUGCUCCCACGUUACAUUAUUUUUGCAGUUAUGAGUGCAUGUAAUGCAUCAGUAGUGAAAAAAGGAUGCGCUUUUUCUGCUUGUGCGUAUAUUAGCAAUCGACAAGAUUAGGGUUUAGUCAUAUGAAGUUUCUUACGCUAAGGUUGGGAAGGUUCUAAGACCAUAUUGCAAAAUCUCAUAUCGUCGAAGCUAUAGUUACAUUAUUUACUUCCCAUAUCCACAUUAACUCGGUACUUAUCAUUAUUUCUAUAUUUCUACGUUUCUUUCUUUCUCUCUCUCUCUCUCUCUCAGUAGCCAUCUUUGCCAAAUAACUUUGAUCAAAAAUUGUUUUUUAAUUGCCAUACGUUCGGAAUUUUGUUAGAUUGCGCAAUGAUUAUUAUUGUUUUUUGUUGUCGUUGUUGUUGUUGUCGUUGUUAAGAACUGGAUGACGUGGCAUAACAACGAUCUUGCAUGUGGCAUCUUAGGCCGAGUUUUUUGAGACCCAGUUAGUUCUUGAACAUAUCGGUUCUUAUGGUUAGCUAUCUUAAAUUUCCUCCAAUCGGGCUUCAAGCAACUCGGCUCUGGUGUGGAGUGAAAGGGUUAAUGAAUCAACACAAGUUGGUCUGCUCUUGAAUUCUCGAACGACUCUAUUUUGCAUUAGUGUUAAUUCCAUAAACAAGCAAUCGCCAGCUACUUAAUAGCCAUUAUCUGAGAAAAUCGAGAAUCGCACGACACUCGUCAAAAAAUCGAAUUUUUUUUUAUUUUGCCAAAACAUCCCUUUUAGUGACCUUAUUUAAGGAAAAAUAGUUUUGGGUUCAAACGAUUCAUUUUAAAGGAGAAAUUAGGAAAAGUUUGAAAAAUCGAUUUUAUGCUCGUUUUUCGCACAAAACACAGCAGGAUUCAAUGGCAACUUCGAGAGAAGGGUGAACGCGUAAGAAACAUUCCCUGACACUGAAACUUCACCGAAUUAUUAUUUUGUUCCUACUCUUGAAAAUCCUAAAAGAAAAUUUGAUAAACAAUGCUUUAAAUUUUUAUAAUCGACAAGUGUAAAGAGGUCAUAUUUGUGACGUUAGACGUGCUAGAAAACGAAGGCCAACUUUGACUAUUAAAAAAGGCCUCUGGUAUAUGCCGCUUGAUCAUAAAAUCAAUAUAAAAUGGAACCUUGGCUUUUGUACUAACUUACUGGAAAGUUUUAGCUCUGGAAAUCAAAUAUAAUCCUGACACCAAAGCAAGCGGUGAGAGCAAUUGAAUUGGGAAAUUUAUGCAAAUUAGACGGCUUGCGGACGGUUGUCAAACUAAAAAGAAAGGUUUUACAUGAAAGGAUUACUCACCAUUGCUUGUAACACGUUUUUAGGGCAAGGAAAGUUAUUUCCAACUUCUUUUGCGUCGUUUUGAGUCACAAAAUAAAUAAUUUUUAGCCAAAAGACAAACGUACGUUUGCUCAGCAACUGCGUCCGAAUCCGGCCGUGAAUCGAAAGUCCCGACACGUCGAAGCAAGAGUUACAAGAGUUUUUACUUCAGUCAGGAGGCAAAAGGAAUAAAAAUUCCUCGCAAACUAAUGACUUCGAUUUUGAAAACCUUUCAUCGCUUCAAUCGUUCGUCGGCUGAUAAUAAACAUCGCACAAGAUCGUAUGACCUUUGGCGUGUGACGGGAAAUUGGUCACACGCUUUAGUCACGUCAGCAUGCUGUCACGAAAUUUUCGUAGCUGUUGUCAGCAAUUUUAAUACAGUUUUCACAUUUUUUGACAAGAACUCCCCUCAUCGCAGUAGAAACAGCCAUGCAUAUUUAUUUUUCUUUUAUUUACCUACCAGGCUUUGAAACAGCUUUUUUGCCUUCGAAGUACUAAACAGGAGGGGUACCUCGGAUUCCAAGUGUCGUGAGUGACCCGUGGAAGCGAAAAUCAAGACCAAAAAAGAACGAAUAUUUUGAAUACUUAAGUAAAGCCACAGCUAAAAAAAAAAUUUGUUCAAAAUAUUUUCAAACCAAGAAAAAAAACAUACUUCGAUCAUCCCCGUGACUUGGAAUCUGGCCAGGGUACCCCCUCCCCCUCCCCUCCUCCCCUAUGCCGGGUCAAAAUACUAAGUUCCCCCGGCCCAAUGUCCCAUAGUCAAGGGAGUAUACUCUCUUGCUGUAGUAAAGAACUUACAGAAUAAUACCAAUUCUCCGUGGCCAACGGAUUCAACGCUAAAGUUUACUUUGGUUUUCGCUAUUUGCUCAAGAUCAGGAGCCUAUAACCCCAACCGCGACCAAAUUAUGAAACCUGUUAUUACCAGAAAAAAAAAACACACACACACACAAAGAAACAGUCAGUCAGAUAGACAGUACAUAAUAAAAAAGACCUCGAUUAAGAUUUUAAAAAAAUCAAUACAUGACACUGUCGAAUACGAAAACCCAGAAACGAUUUUGUGGAAAACAGGUUCGUAUACAGCUAUCAGCUGCUUUUGUCCACAACUCGCCGGUAGAGGUGCGCGGAAACUAGUGAUUGUGAAGUGGCUUCAAACUAUGAUCCUAUACUGUUGGAAUAUUACUUAUCACAGAAAGCUACAUCUGAUUUCUUCUAGCAGACACAAUCCUCUUGGUGCGUGUGGACAAAGUAGCUCAUCCCGGCUAUUUGCACCAUGCUACCAUAGUCACUCCCUAGAUUCCCAAGCCUCGCACGCAGACUUUCCUGUCCCACGAACGUUGGGUAGGAUUAUAGGACGAGCCAAAAGAAAGUGAAGGCUAUAGGCUCUCGCGAUGAUGCAAGGAAGGUCGAGUAUUAUAUUCCCCUAUCCUGGUCGCCCAGGGUAAGUCUUCGGAGGAGAGUAACUUAGGGGCUGUAUCUUCGAAAAGUUGACUAACGCCCCCGGGACUAACGCUUUCCCCUGGAUAAAUCUAUAUCCAAUAACGCAAUUGCUUAUUCUUAUUCGCUUGAUAGUGAUUUCCUGUUGUUCAACGUUUGAACAACAGGGCCCUAAGUAUUGUGUUUCGCCUUGCACUAAAACCCCAUAAACCUUAUAAAUUUCACUAUGGGACUUCAGCACCUGCCUUGAAUGAUCCAUUUCGCUAAACGGGACCUCAAAACAACGAUUCUGUGCAUCCUAAGGGAGUGUAUACUAUACGUUCCUGGCUCUCGUCACUCACAGUGAGGUGAUGGUGGCUCAUACUCUAAUAGACCUAACACAGUCGAACUUACAUGUGCGACCGCCAAUCCAAAAGACCAAAUUUUCCCAUUCAAAGCCUUAUACUUGGAACCUCCAGUAAACGACCUUCUGUAAGUGACUGCGACCACUUUUUGGGCGUCACGCUUCAUUGUUUUCCAUAAGCGACCAGUUGACGCAUUGUCUGCUCUCUAUUUUUGCUGUGUGCACUAUGUUCCUUGGAAAAUAUGAAGACCUUUAGUGACAUCGGGGAACUACACAUAUCCUAACUUAGUAGAUGUAGCCAACAAAGUGAAGAUUCUGUUGUGAUUCUAGACUAUUCUGUAUCUCACUCACCUGAAUCCCUCUUUAAAUUGAGCAUGAUUUAAAAGCUGUAUUUUUCAAAAGAGGUAAAAGAUAAUAUUUUGCCAGGAAUUUGUUACACCGCCAUUUAAUAGAAUGUGCCCGGACCUCUUCUCGGAAUAGACCCCAUGAGGUCCGAUUCUUCUAAACGGCCACCUCCCGUUAAAGACCAUUAAGUCUUUGCAUUUUUGGUGGUCGCUUACCGAUAAUAAAGGGGAUCUGGAAGGGGGCAUGGAUGCGACAAUCACAUGCCAGGUCGCUUACUUAAAAUAGUGGACAUCUAACUGACAAUCAAAGUUUGUGCUUAUUAUUGGGGUUAUCUGGUGUUUACUCACCUCUCAAGCUGCCCUGGGCGAGCCAACUUUUCCUCCAUUUCCUUACAUGAGAAACAAAAGGUUGGUUCGGAUAGACGCCUUACUACCAGUAGUGGGCGGGGUUGAGGGCUUCCGGAAGUCAGCCCUCCACUGAGGCGGUAGUGGUGGCCUCACCCUUCUAGCCCGGCUAAUAUUUCUUCACUUUGGCUCGCCCAGCUAGCUGGGACGACACGGUCAAGGCUAGACAAAGACAGCAUGCGCAAGCACUGUUGACUCGGACAAAGUGGUCAGUUUUUUCCUCAUACAAACGCUCGCAAAAGUUGGCUCGGCUGGGAGGUUGACCUUCUCUCCGGCACAGCUUUUCUCCAUCCAUGGGUUCCAAACAGUCUUUUAUCAGUCACGUUUGAAAUUUAUAGGAAAAUGAUGUAGCACUUCAAAAAGUAAUAACAAAAAAAUACACUUUUUUCACAGCCUGUCAAUGCCUAGAAGGUGUCUAUAAAAGAAAUCAACUGCAGAACAGGAGUCAAUUUCAGUUUUUUUGCGCUUUUCAUGCUAGCACUGCGAAGCGGACUGGGGGUGCGAGACACGCGCGAUGCAUGGGGAACAAGUCCUGCAGGCUAUAAAAGAAAUUAAAAAACAAACAAGCAAAUAAAGCAGGCCUGAUUUUAUUUCGAUGAGUCUAUUUUUUGUCGAAAGCAAACGUGAAAAAUCGUAUUAAAAUUCGUGACAGCAUGCUAACGUGACUUAAGCGUGUGACCAAUUUCCGGUCACACGCCAAAGGUCAUACGAUCUUGUGCGAUGUUUAUUAUCAGCCGACGAACGAUUGAAGUGAUGAAAGGUUUUCAAAAUCGAAGUCAUUAGUUUGCGAUGAAUUUUCAAUCUUUUGGCCUCCUGACUGAAGUAAAAACUCUUGCAACUCUUGCUUCCAAAGGACCGCAGUGACGUGUUAUGACUUUAUUUCGAUUCACGGCCGGAUUCUGGCGCAGUCGCUGAGCAAACGUACGUUUGUCUUUUGGACCUUUUGGCUUAAAAUUAUGGAUUUUGUGACUCAAACCGACGCAACAGAAGUUGGAAAUAACUUUCCUUGCCGUAAAAACGUGUUACAAGCAAUGGUGAGUAAUCCUUUCAUGUAAAACCUUUCUUUUAGUUUGACAACCGUCCGCAAGCCGUCUAAUUUGCAUAAAUUUCCCAAUUCAAUUGCUCUCACCGCUUGCUUUGUUGUCAGGAUGGUAUUUGAUUUCCAGAGCUAAAACUUUCCAGUAAGUUAGUACAAAAGCCAAGGUUCCAUUUUAUAUUGAUUUUAUGAUCAAGCGGCAUAUACCAGAGGCCUUUUUUAAUAGUCAAAGUUGGCCUUUGUUUUUUAGCAUGUCUAACGUCACAAAUAUGACCUCUUUAGAUUUGUCGAUUAUAAAAAUAUAAGACAUUGUUUUUCAAAUUUUCUUUUAAGGUUUUCAAGAGUAAGAACAAAAUAAUAAUUCGGUGAAGUUUCAGUGUCAGGGAAUCUUUCUUACGCGUUCACCCUUCUUUCGAAGUUGCCAUUGCAUCCUGCCGUGUUUUGUUCGAAAAACAGGAAUAAAAUCGAUUUUUCAAACUUUUUUUAAUUUCUCCUUUAAAAUGAAUCGUUUGAACCCAAAACUAUUUUUCCUUAAAUUAGGUCACUAAAAGGGUUGUUUUGGCAAAAUAAUAAAAAAUUCGAUUUUUUGACGAGUGUCUUGCGAUUCUCGAUUUUCUCAGAAAAUGGCUCUUAAACCCUUUCACUCCCAGAAGUGCUCUUGUUCAUAAUCCGAUUAGAUUUUUAGUGCAGUGUUGAAAACAACCAGAGAAUCUGACAGCACUGCCGUAUCGUACUGCUCAGUAGCUUCCCAUCAACUGUACCACAGUAAUAUUUUCUCUUCACUCGAAAGUUAAAGCCAGUAAUUGAAGUAUUCUUGUUGACUUUUAAAGUUUACGAGUUUUGAAAAUUACGAGAAAUUUACGAGUUACUUUGGGAGGAAAGGGUUAAACAACGCAUGCGCGUGAUCGCUAAGAGACUUAGAGGUAUGCUCGUAAAAUAUUACCAUACAUAUGAGGCCAUAGCGCCCUCGUUACUAAAAGUAGUUUGUCAGCAUAGUAACCGCUAGUGCAAACUCGUUGACGAAAUUUAUAUGCCUGAGACAUUUUGAGGCAUGUUAAAUGAGCACAAUGCAGCCAAAUUGACUUCUGGAUCCAAAUAAAAUGUGCAUUAUUACACAUUGUCUCGUAAGUAAGCACCCCGCAUUUCUCGAUUACCAUUUUCUUUGUUUCGUUUUCAUUGCUUUAAAACUCUCUGAAUGAAUAGAUUUGAAGAAAAAAAGUACCAAAAGGAAAAAUACCAGCUGGACUCUUACCAUUCGUUCUUUGAUGGGUAGGCUAUAAUUUCUUUUGAUAAAACUGCAAUUUUUACUGAUGACAUUCAGAAUAAGCGUUUUAAAAUGUUAUUGGCCUACAGCAUCCAACCGCCUAACUCAUAAAUUGCAAGCGGCCAUGUCAUCUUUCAUGCACGAAUUCUCCAUACUCGCUGAUUGUUAUAUCUUUUAUAAGUACACCCUUUUAAUGGAAUCUGAAGAGUCGCUUUUUGUAGACAGUUGACACGCCUGCCUUUCAGCCUGACUUUGGGGUUGCUUAUAACUCAUAUAUUUGUACAUCCGCCUCACCCCUAGCAUAAAACCAUAAAAUGCUGGAACAUUUCUCGAAAAUAUUACUCCAGAAAACCUAUUUAUACCAUGAACAAUGGUAAUUUUUCCUUUAGAUGUCUAAUCUGCGAUUAAGGCAAAAGGAAAUAAUCAUUGUGAAAGUGUUACUUGUUCACUUGAACUUCUAAACUAACAAAGCAUAUUAAGUUCUAAUAAACUGUUAAUACUAGUAAUGAAAAUAGAUUCCUUUUGAAUUGAAAGGAAAUAUACAACUUAACGAGAUACUUUCCAACUUAGCAUUCAUUCUCUCCACCAAAGGCGCAUGUAAGAGAUCAUCAUCAUCGGUCGACCGAACUGAGUAUCACGGUGCCGGUAACUAAAAAGAAUCAUAUCCAAAUGAAAGGGAAGUUAAUACCGGUGGCGGACCGACACGUGACUUGGCAUGAGUGUCUUACACGCGUGACUACUUGAGUACGAUGUACUGGAGUUAGCUUAUUUGCAACUUUCCAUUCCCCAAAAUGCGGUUUUCUUUCCCACAAAUGUUUGCAUAAGUAUUGAGACUGUCAAUCGUCCCUUACUGAGAAAUUGACGCAAUACCCAUGCGCUUUCUAUUGUGAGAAAACCUACUGUAUUAUGGGAAAGGUGAAAGUCGAAAAUGGUGGGAUUUUUUACAAGGAAAUCAGAACCACACUAUAAAUGCAUGCACAAAGAGAAUUAAAAAAUAAACUCUCUAAAAAUCAAGUGAAACCCUAUCUUUUGCAUUCAGGUGUAGAUACCUUAACACGUUGCUUACGGUGGCAGGCUUUAGAUUCACCGUUGGUAGUUGGUUUGUUGCCUUAACGGCUUUACCUCAUUAAAAAAAGAUAAUCAUAAAAUCAGUGUUGAAAUUUUUUGAGCGUCUAAGGUUUUUAAAUACUCAAUUUCACAGUUGUCCUUGGUAGAUCCCUUUCCUAGAUUGAAACCUCAAGGCUUGUCCUGUAUUGUGACCUUUCAAAUGGAGUUGGAAGCUACUGAGCAGUUUUUGGAUGGUGCCAUAAGCCGCUUUUCUGUUAUGUUUUCAUCAGAAUUGACUAAUCGUGUUUGAGUUGAAACCGUAAGGAGGUUGGAAAUUUUGUGCCACUUCAUCGACUUUCACGCCAAAACUUGCCCGUGCUAUGUGGGGGCGAACGGGCAAACUGUGUUAUGAGUUUUGAUUGUGAUUUCCUGCAGCACAGAUUUAAAACUUGGCUCUGGAUUUUUUUCUUCGGCUUUUUCGUGAUGCAAAAAGGACACUUACCGACCCAACUUGCUUUUUGCACCACUCAGUUGUUCACUGGGAAGGGAGGGAGGGCUACUUCCUAUAAUGGCCUAUAAGUGGAAGUUCCCCCUGUGCAAGUUUGUAGCGUACUCCCCUCGUACUCUCUUUAGCGAUGGACUCCAAAUGUUCGGUUGGGCAAUGCAGAAGGUCUUUACCAUAACAUUAGAGAUAUUUUAAGCCCAUCUAUAAAGCCUUGCUCUCAUUUUGACUCCCAGCGAAGGUUCCACCAGAGAUAGAAAUCAUGCCUUCACCCAACCUCACAGCCAUAACAGGAGAGGCAGUGGUUUUGAGAUGCGUGGUCAAAGCGGGUCAUCCACCUCCAGCUGUAGUCUGGGAAAGAGACACAAACCAACCGCUUAACAGCAGUAGCGACGGCAUAUUGGUGAUCUCCCCUGUAACUUUUGACAAUGAAGGAAUGUAUAUCUGCAAGGCGUCGAAUAUCAUUGGGUCAACUGAGGCCGUGGCCUUGCUUACUGUACAAGGUAAUUAAGUAAUGAUCCGGGUGAGGUGGAUAGCAAUUUCUUUUGUUAUGCGGCAAUGGUGCUUUCCCCACACAGCAAUGUUCUUAUUUUUACACAGAGAAUGCAUAAACCUACAUGAAGGUCGUUUACGCAAUAAAAUGCACUUACACUCCACUUUGAAAGGGUGUUUUUUUGUGUUAAAAGAUUUUGACCAAUCACAAGAGUUGAAAACAAUAGCCAAGAAAAGUUUACAAUUUUACAUGUUCCCCACAUAGGAUUUCUUUGUUAUUCAAACUGAGACCCGAUUUUGUUAUAUGGAAGAUGGUUGAAAGUAAGGAUGAAUAUAUGUACCGCUUUAUGAAGUUUUGUUAACUUUUGCUGUUUAAGCCAAUCAGAAGUAAGUACCGACAAUAGAAAAGUUAGCACCUUUCUUGCAUUCCAACAUGUUCGUUGCCAUUGUUGCUAUCGUUCUUAUCUGGACUGUUAAUUAAAGAAGAACGAGAAUUCAAACACCAGAAAGCUCAGAACAAUUUUCCGAGCUCCAGGUGAGAAUCGAACUCACGACCCUCCGAGUUCUAGUUCGGACGCUCUAACCACCGAGCUUCUGGAACUCUAAUGGCGAACAGGGUCGGAGUUUAAUAUUACAGUGAGAAAAGCUGUUAUUGAAAGCUACACUGUAAGAUACCGGCCUCCCUGUCGGUUCUGUCAUUUAUGGAAUUUGCUGCAACCUGUUCAGUAGCGACUAUCUUUCAAGGGUUCGUCGCUUAUAAAAUAAAUCUUACUAAAUCCUCCUUCCUGCUUAAAUGUUCCUCAAAAGACAUGUUAGUAUGUCGCCUAAAGGUAUCGCUCAAUAAGGUUAUCAAGGGCCUGUUUACAUAGAGGUGGGGGACCCUAGAUAGGUGAAAUAGCCUGAUGUAAACGUGAUCAAAUUAAAAUGAGACUAUAUGGACAGGCAGUUUACCCCACCUAAGCGGGUUACCUCACCUACCUGCGGUCUUCCACCUCCAUGUAAUCAGGCCCUAAAAGUAACCCUAGACGUCUUAGGAAAGGGGGUGGGGAGCAAAGGCAGCAAGAAAUUUCCUCGUUAUUCAAAUACCCACAAGGAUUACCCAGAUUAUAACCCGGUGGUGUUCAAUUCCUGGGAGCAUGUUUUUCUUACUUUCUAUACAUGUCUUGUUUUCCGACUUCCCCGCCAUUUUGCAUAACCUGUUUGUGACGAAAAAUAAUGUUGUUGAGUUACCUAAUGUUUGUCUAGCCGCAGAAAAUCAGAUCCAGCAUUAAAUUUAAGGAAGAUGUGUGCAAUCAUUUAGCCCUUAUAAACCUUUUGAAUUUGUUUUAAUUUACUUUUAUUUAAUCACACAGCUGAACCCAAGAUAAUGCUGAGCCCGCCCAACUCCAUUUCCAUGACAACUGGGGGGUCGGUCACUCUAGAAUGCGCAGUCGUGGGGAAUUCCCCUCCGGAGGUUCAAUAGAAAACUCAGGGAAAUUCCCAAUCCAAUUUUCAACUGAUGGUGAACGGUCCCGGAAUGUUGAAACUUGUUAUUAGAAAAGUGACUGCGGAACAUCAGGGAAAUUACACUUGUCAUGCUCAAAACAUUGUAGGGAAAACUCUGGAAACGAUUCAGUUGAUAGGUGAGUAUGUCGGGUGUCAGUAUGAGUAUGUUUCCAAUUCUUCCACUCUGUUGACAAAUUAAGUAAAAUAACUUGGUGCCACACAACGUUAUUUAAUUUGUUAUUGUUAUUGUUGUUGUUUUUUGGGGGUAUGUGUGCGGCCCGGGGGGGGCACUUAGGUAUUUUUGGGGUGGGUAUGUGCCGCCCGUGACUCCAAAUUGGCACCCCGUUCUAGAAAAAAUUUCCCCUAAAAUUGAUACCCCGUUCUAGAAAUGGGCCAAUUUUUUAUACUUUGUUCAUAGUAGGGUGCAACAAGAGUACAACGGUUUGCUUGUUAACGCAUUGAACCGUAUUUUUAAAAGCAAUCUGUCCUUGAAUACUUUCAAAUGACUGCUUACAAAAGUGGAGCUUUCGUGCGUUCGAAAUAUUAUACCCCGUUCUAGAAAACGCUUCUGAAAUGGAUACCCCGUUCUAAAUCAGAAGCUUCAAAAUCACGACCCCUUUGGGCGGCACAUACCCGUAUUAUUUUUUGACGUCUGUAUUCUAAUACGGCUAAACGGGUGUGUUAUACGUCUUUAUAAUGCAGUGCGCUUCGAUUUUCAUUCUCUCUUUUCCUCAGGAGGUGAAGUGGCGUUAUUCCGGUAACAUUUGCUUUUGGUCUUUUGCUUUAAAUUUUGUCAAUGCACGGUAAACUUCCCACUAUCCCACCCGAGGUUUAAAAUUAAACUGGUUUGCUUUCCUUUUCGAAGUGUGUGGGAAUGACAUUGAAAAAUUUUAAACAGAAAACAAGGAUAGGUUGAACCACAUGUAUCAGUGUAACUGAUAUUUGCGUUGUAUAUGUAUCCAAAGUUGUUUCGGCAGAUCUCAUGACGCUUGUGUAGACUAUUUCAUGCAAAAGCAAUUCCUAGAGAUCAAGUAAUGCGUGAUGCAGUGAUUCAAAAACUCUCCUUGUAAUUUUCCAUAAGCAAAGGUUGACCUUUGCUUUUUCUUUGCUCCUUAGUAAAGGUUCCACCAGAAAUAGAAAUUAAACCAACCACGAACCUCACAAUUGCCACAGGAGAAUCAGUUAUUUUAAGAUGCGUGGUGAGAGCUGGUAAUCCAUCACCGUCAUUGAUCUGGGAACGAGAAGGGAAUAAACCACUGAACAGCAGUAAAGACGGCGCCUUAGUGAUCUCUGCUGCCACUGGCGACAGUCAGGGAAAAUACAUUUGUAGAGCUACGAAUAAUCUAGGGACAUCUGAAGCCAUUGCCUUUCUUACUGUUCAAGGUAUCAUACAGAUUGUGUUAUUUAUAUCCAUUCUCCACUUAACAAGUGGCGAAUGAAAGAGCUACGGCUGAAGAGAUAAAGGUGCUACAUCCGUUCUCGCUAAUGAAUUUAAUAAGGUACCAUCAAUUCAAUUAAAAAAAAAAUAAGCUCCUUUCUUAACAUUUAAGCGCCAUUAGGACCUGUAGAAUGUUUCCACCCUAGCGCAAGCUAUGGCAGAAAUAAAUGUAUACACUCUUUAAAAUAUAAGCCUUGAGCCGUUGUAUUUGGUUUGUAAAUUAUCACGCGCGUAACAGAGCUUGAAUUUUUGGCCAUGAAGAAUGGUGAAAAAGAAAUGAAAUUCAUAGAAACCAAAGAGAAUGUAAGAUGCCAAAUAUAAAAUUGGGAUACAUAUACUGCUUUUUGUCUAUGGUUUAGGCUGUCCGUUUGUGCCACGUUGCCAAGAGGAGAGAGGAGCAAAGUUUGGCGAUAUUCAUGAUACUCUAUUCUAGCUGUGUUGCACCACGUUCCCUGUUAUUUUUCAGCUAGGUUCUGUGUGAUGUGUGGAAAAAAACGUUUGAUUCCUGAACUGGUUUAUAAUUUCACACUGUAUCUGUCCCCUUGUGCUUUCCUUUCACAGCUGAACCCAAGAUAAUGGUCAGCCCUUCUAAUUCGAUCUCCGUGACAGCUGGUUCUUCGGUCACACUAGAAUGCGCAGCCGUGGGGGAUCCCCCUCCGGUGGUUCAGUGGAUACCCCAGGGACAUUCCAAUCUACAACUGAUGGAAAGCGGCCCUGGGGUGCUGAAACUAAUUGUAAAAAACAUCACUUCAUCGAACCAGGGUAAUUACACUUGUCAGGCCCAGAACAUCGUAGGAAUAACCAGGGAAAAAAUUCAUGUAACAGGUGCGUAAGUUGAUUUUGCCCAGGUUAUCAAAAGAGCUCUUGAAAAUGCUUUUUAGAACUUAACGCUUCUGAUCACUAGCCGGUUAACAGUGCAUGAAAAGACUGUGACCGCCGGCAACCGAAUUAAGUUAAGAAUCGCCUUCUCAUGGCUAAGGCGUGUCCGGGACUGAAAGACGAUUGUUUUCGGUUUUAAUAUUUCUUCACUCAGAGACUUAAAUUGCCACUGCUUACGAGACACAUCAUGAUAAAUCAGCUUCCUUUUAGGAAAUAAAACGACUUCACUAAAUCCUCAAAAGCCUUAGCAAACGCAAGAAAUUUACGUCGGUUUACGUCGUUUCCACUUAACUUAGUUGUCCUUUUUGUUGUUGUGAUUUGCCAGGACGAAGAAACAAUAUAGGACACAGCGUUAAAAUACCUUCACACGCCAUGGUAAUUAUUUUGGUUCCACUUUUACCCAAAUGUCAACUGCUUGUCACCUUGAGUUUGGAGAUUCCAAAGAAAGAAAAUGGUGUUGUGUUUUUCGCUUUACAUGCCAUUGCAUUUUAUUCUCAGUAUAAAUAGAAAUCAUGCCAGCGAGAAAGCUGACAGUCACAGGUGGAGAGAGUGUAACAUUCAGAUGCGUAGCGGUGGUCUGGGAAAGGGAGCAAAAUAAAACGCUGAACAGCAGUGACAACGGCGUCUUAGUGAUCUCUCGCGCGUCCGGUGACAGUGGAGGCAGAUAUAUUUGUAAGGCGACAAAUAUCCUAGGGUCAACUGAAGCAGCGGCUUUGCUUAUUGUUCAAGGUAAAUUUUAAUCUAACACAAGCCAAGGGCAACUACUCUACAAAUACCUAUCUUGUUUCUGACAACCCUUUUCAAGAACCACCACCCAAAACAUCCAAAACUCUUCUUGUGUGUUCGUUUCUUUUUUUCUUGUCCGUCUUUUAUUACUAUGAAUUCCUGAAGACAAACUUCACGAGGAAAGUAAUGGCCAGUUGUCGUUUUUAGCCAGAUCCUUAUCUUUACUUCACUUACAACAGCACGAGUAAGCAAUGACUACAUUACCCAAGGAGAAAUGAAAACAAUACUUAUAAUUAAGAGUUUUAAGGGGACAAACAACGAAUAUCUUGACCAGUGCUGAAAUGGCGAGACUUUUCAACAAGAAAGUAUCUCGUUUCUUCCUUUUUGAAACCUGUAUUCAUGUGCCAGUGAUAAAGCUUAUUUUAUGGCAUCUUGAAGGUAGUGACUGCACAAUUACGGUAUGGUUUGCUUAAUUGUUACACAGGUGAACCCCAGUUGAUAGUAAACCCUUCCAGUCCAGUCUCCGUGACAGGUGGAAGCUCGGUCACGCUGGAAUGUACAGCUGCAGGGAGUCCUCCUCCAGUAGUCCAAUGGAUUAUUGAAGGGCAUCCUCGGUCUAAUCUGCAAAUAAGGGAAACCAAUCGUGGGGUGUUGAAGUUGAUUAUUGAAAAUGUCAGACCGGAAGACCAGGGGAACUUUACCUGCCAGGCAGAGAAUAUUGUAGGAUUGACUCAGGAAAGUGUGCAGUUAACAGGUAUAUUCCUUAUGCAGUGUAAUGGCAGCAAGGUACUGAGAAAUUAGGGACUCGCUAAAUGUCCUUCUCAGACAUCCGAAAUGUAAACGAUCGUAAACAAAUCAUUUCCUCUUUUGCUUUCCAUCAUAUCAUGAACCGGAACUGGUUAUCAUAGAAUAACAAGGUUUUAUUUGUUUUUCUUAGGUUUUCUUGCGAAAUUGCAACCACUGUUUCCUCAUUUUUUUAAAUCUUAUCAUCCAAUGUUGACAUUAAAGAUUCCUUAUUGUCGAGGAGUGUCUGUGUCUAGCCUGACAAAACAGCUGACAUUUCGAGACGCCAUCAACGGAGAAUACAUCUAAGGAACGGGCGAAGAAAUUUCAUACUAAUGAUGUGUCACUACCCAGAUCUGGAGAGUGCCAACCAAAAUCACUACCCAGGUCAGAGUAGUAAAACGUCAUUAGUAUAAAAUUUCUUCACUCGUUCAUCAGACGUCAUUUCCAGGAAAACCAUUGGUGGCGUGGCGAGAUGUCGGCAGUUUUUUCAUGCUAAGCUGUGUCAGGAUGUCUGUCAUUUUACAUUAAUUUAGAGGAACUUUUUGCUAUUGUCCUUGCUUUAAUUAAAGGAAGCUUUAAUUUUAGGCCAAACUUGUUCUCAAGGAGGAUUGUAUGACAUGAUAUUUUAAGCAUGUGGCGUAUGUGUGGAAACUUUUUCACACUUAUUCAGCUUAGAACAAAACUAGUGAGUGAUACAAAAGUUGAAGUAAAUUUAUGUUUUGUUUUUCUCCAUUGACGAAAUAUGACCUGAGGUUAUUGUGAUUCCUUCUAGUAACUGUUCCACUACAACCACCAGAGAUCCUCUUAAAUUCUGUUUUAAAAACUGUCAUCGAAGGAGAAGACGUGGAGGUUCGGUGCAAUGCAUCUGGCUUACCAGCUCCGACCAUUGUCUGGGAAAGACUGGGUUCUAAUUUACCCAAUGACGCCCUUGAUAGAGAUGGAAUACUGAUGAUCCCGUCUGUCGGUGCAGAAGAUGCUGGGACGUACUCCUGUAAAGCAGUUAAUAGUGAAGGGCAGGACAGUUUUAGUAUCAAGUUGGAAGUGAUAGGUACGAUUAAGGAAAAAAAUUGAACCCAAGAAAAGAGAGGAUAAAGUUUCUCGAAUCCAGGCUAAUCAAAAUUUAUUACUGAGAAAAAUCACAUUUAGAAUCCAAGUUAGAGACAUUCAAAGGUUUCAAAGGUUUUAUUUCUUGUAGCUCAACAGUAAGAUACCUCUCCCACAAAUUUCAAAGUGAAACAAAUUUUAACGUCAAUUACCAUUGAUCGUGUAUCGUUGAUCGUGUAUCAUUUCGUAGAGGCAUAUAAUCGAGUUACACAUUUUAUCCUGGCGAAGUUCAACGAUGCCGUCAACUGGAGGUGUAAAGGCCAUUUCUUUAUGUACCACUUUGACCAAUAAGGCAUCCUGUUUCUGAGCCUUCCAUAAAAAUUGUUCCUUCUUCAUAUGCUUUAAUGUGAAGAAGCGCUUUGAUUAAUAACUAAGGGACUUUCCCACGCUUUCACUUGGUAACAGUUCAAACUAUACGAUAUUUCAAAAAAGCCCUUUUUAAAUAAGAAAUGGCACAUGUCUUACCCGUUUCUGUACUACAAACUGUCAAAUACAGUCAAAUUUCCCUUAGGCAGACACCAUGGGCAAGCAAAAAAGUAAUUCAUUGGGAGCUGGCCGGUAACAAAUCAUGCUUUUGUAGUGAAGUUCCUAAUGGGAAGAUUUGUUAAGGUGGCCGUAAGUGAAGCUGUCCGCUUGAGGCAUAUCGUACGUCCGUCAAAAGAUAAAAGAGCUUAGACUGCUACUACCCUGUUAUACACCUCUCCCAUCAGAUCUUUUCAACGUAAUUAUUACUAUCAACGAUUCCAAGUAAUGCUGUUUUUUGAACUCGAGGUUUUUAACAUUUUCCAAAGGUUUCGAAAACAGUGAAAAAAUGGAACGCCACCUUUAGGAACUUUUAGGAGAAACGACAAAUUUAAAAAGGUAGCCAUGUGAUUGAAUAUUCAAGACUGAAAUUUGUGUUUCCUUUCUUCCCCAAACUUGAUUCCUCCUAUGAGCAUAAACUUAAACGCAACAUCUGAAGGAUCAAGGAGACAAAAUGUAGUGAGUUGUAUUAAGUUGUCAUACCAAGCCUCGAACCCCUUUUAUUGUGUCUUCUCACCAAGGCAGAAUUAUGAAUUUUUUUUACCAUAAAACUCGCAAAUAGUGAACUGACCUAUGUCUACAUUUAAGUGAUAAACAACCCGAACCCUACCUGUUUCUUUCUUUUUUCAACUAGUGCCUCCUCUAAUCGACGUGACUCCCUCCGAGAUCUCCGUCAAUCAAGGAACCUCCUUUAACAUCUUUUGCAUUGUUAGGCCAUCGCUUGCAAUCACGUGGUCAAAACUCAAUGUUAGUUUCCCAAACGGCAUCGUGAGCGACAAGGGGACCUUAAAUGUCAGUGAGGCAAAACUGAAACACGCAGGAACAUACCGCUGUUAUGCUAACAAUUCAGCGGGCUCCAGUGAAGGCUUUGCAAGCGUCGUCGUGUAUGGUAGGAACCUUUAGGGGCCGUUAAUUUAAAAAAAUAUCGCAGUAUAUAUAAAAAAGUGCAUACCUCAAGAGUUAAGGUAAUAAAAGUUUUAAUUGUAAAAACGCAAAUUUAAAAAAGGCCUUUCAUCCCUUCUUCUUCUCUCUCAAUGACUCCCAUUUAUCAUUUUUCCCUUUUAUUUAGAAAGAAACACUCUAUGUUGUACUAUAAAUUCUAUAUUGUACUACAAAUGAUGUUUUUUUGUGAUGGCAGUGAAAGUGUCUUUGAAACAUACGUUCGAGUCUUGUUGCUCUUUGCAUAUCGAUUAUCUUCAUUAUUUAUCAACUUAUAUUUGGGAAAUCAGUGCUAACCAACACGCUAGUCAAUUUUCAGUUUCAUCCCAUGUUCAAUUUGUCCUGGCUUUUUGACUGACUUUCGUUCUGAUAUCUCAGCUGCACCAAAAGUGGUGGCCUGGCCUAGAUCUUUUGAAGCAGCGCAUAAAUCCAAUGUUACAUUUCACUGCAACGCGACUGGCAUACCCGACCCGGUGAUCUCCUGGUCAAAAGAGGGAAGCGACAUUCCCGUACGACACUCAGCUGGUGUCUUGAGUCUUACAGGAGUUAUCGGUGACGAUAAUGGUCGAUACAUCUGCACAGCAAAAAAUGCUGCUGGAACUUCUACAACAUCUAUAGAACUCACUGUCGAAGGUUUGUUAGAGCUUCGCUUUGAAGAAAAAGAAGUCACUUUCUGUUCAUCUCCAUCCCCUUUUUAUGCUUAUUUCCCUUUAUCAUGCCUAAGUUCAUUGGUCCGGUUCACGACCCCAUAUUCUAAAAGUACAGUGUUUAAUUAUAUCAUAACCAAAAAUUAAUGUCCACAAAUCUUUUUCAAAUGUCGAGCCAAUUCAUUUUACUGUAAUUAUAUUAUGCUAUACCCUUGAGUUUAUCCAAUUGUUAUUGUUAUCAUUAUCAUUAUUAUUAUUAUUAUUGUUGUUGCUGCUGUAAUUAUUACUAUUGUUAUCUUUAUCGUUUUUGUCAUCGUAUCAGUAUCAUAAUCAUUAUCAUUAUUACUAUCAUUAAAUCAUUCGUAUGAGUAGCCAUGUAAUCAUAUCCUUUUCAGAUCUACCCAGUGUGGUUAUAACAGGUGGAGCCUCCGUCAAAACAGUUUCAGUAGGAAAGAAUUUGACUUUAGAAUGCAUCGCGAAUGGAGCCCCACAACCAGAAAUACAAUGGACCCGCGUCGACGGUCUGUUGCCCGAGGGACUCAUUUCAAAAGGAGGACAGCUUAUUUUUCCGCACGCGCGGCUUGCCUAUGGUGGUGUAUAUAGGUGCAAAGUCACUAACAGAGUGGGCUCUGUGCAAUCUGAAGUAGCCAUCUUUGUGCAAGGUUGGUGUUUGCUGUUUGUUCUUUUCUGCUGUUACCUUUCACGUUUACUGGUCUGCAAAAGAAAUUAAAGCUAAUGCAAGUAAAGCUAAAAAAACGCUUGAAAUAUUUGACCGUCGAUUGCAAAGACAUCCACAUUUGUGGGGAAUAGGAAUGGCUCACUGGUUUGUCAACCGAGUUGAUAAGCCAAGAUAAUAAGACAAGAUAAAAUAGCGAAAGCUGGCGAUUGCGUGUCCUCGUGUCAGACCAAGUGAGGAAGGCGUGAAAACAUAAGCCUGCUUUAAAUGUUACUGCGGUAAACCAAAAUGACCCUAUCCGAUUAGAUUUUUUGGUACUACCACCCAACCACCCCAACCCUACGGUUACAACUAAUAUCCAUCUGCGAAGAUCAUGCAGUUUUAUUGACGAUGUUACUAUUAAACAUUGUGUUAUUAACUCGAAUGGCAAGGCUGUACUCUAUUGACUCUUAGAGGCUCCCAAGGUCAUGGUUACUCCACAGCGUUCACGUGUGAAAACUGGUGAGACCGUGCAAUUCACUUGCAUCGCUAGCGGCUCCCCGUCACCAGACCUAACAUGGCGGAAAGUUAACGGAUCGCUUCCAGUCAGCAGUACAGUGCAAAGAGGAGUUCUGAAGAUUGCCAAUGUGACUCAAAAGGAUGCUGGGAGUUACAAUUGUGAAGCCAAAAAUGUUGAAGGAUCGGCUAAUAGAAGUGGAAUUUUAGAAAUUAAAGGUAAGGUAUCAAAGGGUCGGCUCUUUGGAAGUAAUUUUACUUUAACCUCCCUCCUUGUUUCAUGUCUUGAUUUUGACGAAUUUUGGAGCAAAAAUUUUACAGUCCCUUUCCUUCCAUACAUUUUUCCUGAUGCAAUUCCAGCGCGAAAAGCUACGAAUGUUCUUGCGGUCAUGAUGAGGGUUAGUUUGGGGAGUUUCUGCUAAGCACACUUCGCGUCAAUGACAAGAAGGAACCUUUGUUAUGAUAUUUACUCUAACCAUAACUUAAAAAUGGUCACCAACCAUUUGUAUCUGUACCUUUUCUAUAUCUGUUCUUAGUGACCGUUCCACGAUUUACACAGGAACCUCUGUCCUGCCUCAGUGUACAGACACUAACAGACGAGCCACUUAAUUUCACGGUUGAAAUUGUGUUCAUACCGGAGAUGGCGGAUGGGCUGAUUCUGUACAACGAUCAGCUAACAAAUGGCUCUGUUGGAGACUUCAUUUCAUUUGGAAUGUCAGACAGAUUUGCUGAAUUUAGGUAAUGGGGUUGUAUUCACAAACAGGGACGAAGAGCAUUCUUCUUGAUCCCCGCCAGUAGUCCUGUGAGGCUUAGCUCUAGCAGGAGUCUCCCCUCGCAAGCUAUUUUUUCCAUAAAGCCUUUGGUUACUCACAAAUCUUUUUUCGAGGUCAUUUGAAAACUAAUGCAAAAAUAGGACCUGAACUUAUUUUGUUACUGUAAAACCCUGAAACAGCAAGGUAACCAAACUACGGUAUUGCUAACCAAGUCUAUCAUAUUCCAUCUUGGCUGCAGUCAUAUUGCAUACAUUUAGCCAAGCCUUAAAACGGAGCUUCCAUUUAAUACAACACUUUAAGUUCCGGUUUGGAACUUAAACUUCAUGCACUCUGACUUUUCCAUUGACUUAUUCCAAGAACUGCAUCACGUCAUAUGUAACAACAUACUUAGCACGAACACACCAUUAUAAGAUGAGGUAGUUUACUUGUAGAUUGUGUGUUGGUUGGACUUAUAAUCCUAUGGUCAAUUAUUACAAGUGUAAUAUAAACGUGUAGCCAUUUUCCGUGAGCACAGAUUGAAGAAAAAAGACUCCGCUUCAGCGCAAGCUUCCCACAUAUACUCUGUGCUCCGUUGUCCUAGUCUAACAAAGUAUACUCGAAUAUCUCCUAUUACGAUGUUUUUUUUUCGAAAUGGGCUAUAUCCACGUCGUAGUGGCUGUGCAUGUCGUCUUGAUUUUAACCUAACUGUGAUGCACAUGUUAUAAUCCAGUUUCAUUCUUGGUUGAUAUUUUUUUUCUUUUUUGGUGGGUAUGGUAACGUAAGAAAAGAGUCUGAAACAAACUAAAUUAAAUAUAAACCAAGGUCAAAAUUGAAGAGAACUUAUCCGUAUUUAGAUUCAACCUUGGCUUUGAGCCUGCAAUCAUUCGAAGCCGGCAACCAUUGAGCCUGUAUGAGUGGCACAGAGUCGUCUUAUCACGUAACAGGAAGGAAGGAAAUCUCACCGUAGAUGGGGAGCCACCUGUAACAGGAAUUUCUAAGGGGAGUAGUACAGGUCUGAAUUUGAAUCAGGAUUUGCACGUGGGAGGAGUCCUUGAUUUCUCAUCAAUAAGCUCUUUGGCGGGAUUCAAGUCAGGAUUUAUUGGCUGUUUAAGCUACUUGGCUAUCGACGGAAAAGUUGUAAAUUUUGGUAAGAAUGUAAUUGUUUCUUUUACAUUCCAUUACAAAAAUGGUUGGUAUCUAAAAUAGGGACCUGAAAAACAGAAAAACAGGUACAUGUAUUGUCUCCUUUGAUUAUUUUGAGAAAUUUUCGUAGGGACAAAACGAAUGGUAGUUGGAUAAAGGUUUUUAAAGUUCAAAUUUCUGGAAACUAGUUUUCGAGGAGAUUUGACAGAGGCACCCAACGGGGAAUUUGAAAAAAGACGUUAAAAACAACAACAAAGUAUAAAUAAAGCUUUCUGAAGGCAUUUUAAGCAUUUUGGGAGAUCGCUUGGAAAAAAUUAUCUGUUCCUCACUCCCAGUAAGACUGAUGGAAGAGUUCCCAGCCAGCAAAGUGCACCUAAAACCUGCAACCUGACGUCCAUAGGCAAUUGGGAGUGGCCUAUGGGAGACAUUCACCCCUUCAAUGAGGAAGGAGAGAUAAACAAAUAGAAUAUACAAGCUAUUGUAUACACCAAAUCCCCUCUGACAUCCUGAAUUGUGUAUUGCCCAGCAACACUUUCCUUCCAAGGACAUAUUAAUUUUUCCAAAUUUCCGAGCCAGCAAAACUUGGCCUGAGGAACAGAUAUUUUGGGGAACAGAUCCAUUGGGUGCCCCUGAUUUUAAUUUUGUUCAGGAGUCGAAGAAACGAACAGAGUGUCCGAGGGGAGAGUAAGGGUGCUUUCUUGACAAGGGAAAACAAUUCAUACAAAUUCUUCAAUUCGGUUUUACCAGCUGAGUUGAUGAACACAUCUUGAAAGUCUGCUUUUGGUUUCUGUUCUGGAGGUUUAUUGUCUUUAGCAAAUGAUUGGACCAAAACCACCAUUUCUUUCUCUUACCGACGCAACACUAAAGUUCUGGAAACUAACCCUUUUAUUUGAACUCUUUGAACUGUCUAUACGCUAAUUUUUUUAAACGCGUUCCAAAAGUGGAAAUGAUUCACCAUCGUCUAAUUGACAUUACUAGAUUGAGUCAUGUCUAUAGAACAUGAGCAUGUUUCUUUCUGUUUCUUCGACUUCUAAAGGAGCCAGCUCUUAUUGGAAGUGUAUGCGCUUGUCAAGGGCAGUAUUGACGAACUUGAAUGAGAAUAGGGCCUGUUUCACGAGGAAGCUAUUUUUGUAGCCUUUCGGUGUAGCUUAAUUACCUAAUUUUAUGAUUAGAUUUUAUCUUCUUCCUUCUCUUGCCAAAGCACAAUACUUAAAUGGAUUUUGUCACAAGGAUAUUAUUGUUUUAUGUCAACUCUGUGCUGAUGUCAUUACUGAAGGUCUUUACCCAUACACAAAAUGCUUCUGUAAAAUAAUGAAGAAGAGUUCAAAGAAAUUUCAUCAGGGAACACUAACCAUGAUGAUUUGUUACAUGAUUUGUGAAAAAAAAAAAUGGAAAACUAUUUUUGGAAUUCAAUUGAUACGAAGACACUUUAUAGCUUUUUAAAAAAUAGAAAAUAGCGUGACAUAACCCUUUGAAUACCUCUUUAAACAAAUUUCAGGUGAUCCUAUUAAAAGCGUGGGUUUGGAUGAUUGUGAAGUCUGUCAAACAAGGCCUUGCAAGAACGGCGGCACGUGCACAGAGGUCGCUGGAGACUGGGGAUUUAUUUGUACUUGCAGGCCUGGUUACUCGGGAAGGACCUGUGAUGACGCUGGUUACAAGUGUUCACCUGGCGUUUGCAAUGAGGGGCGUUGUGAAAAUAUCGGCAAUGAUGGUUUUAGAUGCAUCUGUCCUGCUGGUUACUCUGGGGAGAGGUGUGAGGAAGGUUUGUUGUUAACCAAAGGCCCCUGAGUCCUUUACGAUCUCAUGUCAAAACAUGAGCUUUGGUAUAAUUCCAAUUUUUUUCCUGUUUGAAUAGGAUGCAUUAAAUACUUUUUAACUGGUUUGCAUCAGUUGGUAUGGGCGAAAGACCGUAAUAUAUUGUUUGAUUCACUGGGCAAAAUAAAAUGGAUUUUCACCCCCCUCCCCCCCCCCUCCCCUGUUUUUUGGCAUGCAAAUGACAUUUACCUUCCUAUUUAUAUUUACUCCUCCAGUUUUCACAAAUUUGCUAUAUAUUUGCAAUUAUCAUGUUGGUGCAAAUUCAUUUUUUUGCCCAGUGAUUUAUAUGUUAAAAGUGCCGGAUCGAGGGAGGAGGGAGCUCGGGAUGAUAGCUUGCCAGGGCCUCAUUUUAAGGUCAUUUUCGAUGGUGCCCCCUCCCUCUUUGAAGGGUUUGAAUAAGCAGCGCCCCCAAUUACUUGAAGGUCUGGUUAUAUAGUAGCUGCUACUUGAAAUACCAGACCGAAGAAUGUCGCUAUAAAACGCCUCUGUCACUUGAACGGCCCCAGAGUGAGGUGUAUGGUAGAAAUCAAGUGAAGGGUACUUCGUUAAAGAAACGUCUCUUGGACUUCUGGGUUUUUUAUGUCAUUUGGUGUACUAAAAAGGAAACUUAUUACGGUAUUCAUCCUGUAGGAAGGCCAAUAGACACUCCUAUGUUCGAGGGCGACUCAUACAUGUCAUUACCAGGAAUCGAAGGCGCAGUUCUACAGCUAAGGUUCUCCGUCAGAUUUCUCGCACUUAAAUCAGGCAAUAUGCUUCUACUGUACAAUGGUCAGACGAUAUUCCCUGGUCGCGGUGACUUCAUUUCCCUUGCCAUUCACGGAGGGCGAGUUGAGUUCAGGUUCAAUAUGGGAAGUGGUACUGGUAUUUUACGCAGCGCCAGAAACAUUUCCGUAGGAUUCUGGCACACUGUAAUAAUAGAAAGACAACUGAGAGACAGCUUGCUGGUUCUGGAUGACGAUCCCCCAGUGAAAGGUUCCUCCCCGUGUUGUUCACGUGGAUUAAAUCUUUUGUUAGACUUGUUCAUAGGCGGAGUGAAAAACUUCACGACAUUCCACACUACUAAAGUUGGCGUUAGCUCCGGUCUCUUUGGUUGUAUAUCCGAACUAUCAGUAGAUGGUAGGGAAAUAAACCUGCUCAAGUCCAAUCUUGACAUGCGCGGUAUCAAACAAUGCACAGAAUGCCUUUUGCCUUGUGAAUUAAGACCAUGUUUGAAUAAUGCCACUUGCAUCCCGGUUGGAAAAACGGGCUUUUUCUGUUCCUGUGCUCCUGGAUAUACUGGACAAAAGUGUGAGUUUACACUGGCCGAUCCUUUGAAGAGUAACACAUGUGUAAAUGGCGGAGUUGAAUUAUCGUCAUCUGACAGGUUACGUUUAUUUAUUUAUUUUUUAUUUUCCCAAACAUAAGAAAAAUGCACUCCACUACAAUCAACCCGCAGCUUGUUGUAAUGAGGUGUAGCUAUUAAUUCCCUCCGGUGUCUCUGCUAUUGAUAAGUUUGGCUAGUCUGUCCAAUAUUUUCUGCGUUAGGGUUGGUACUAUAGUCAAUCUAAAUAUAAAUAGUGAUAUAUUUGUAAAGAAAUUUCUUCUCGGACCUCAAAUGACGAUCUCUCGCGAUUAAGGACAGUAAUUCGUUGGAGGGUGUCCGAAAUAAAGGGAGUUGACUAUAUUUACUAUAAUAGACAGAAAGUCUUUGAAUACUUAGAAUACAAACAAUACUUAAUUUUAAGACGUGAUAAAAGCAGUUCGCAAACCUAGAGAGCUUCAGAAAUUCUGAGCCUAAAAGUUGAUUUACUGUGUUACAGGUUAUGCAACUGCCCGCUCGGAUAUGGAGGCAGAGGGUGUAAUAAAAGUAAGUACUUUCAGAAGUUUUGCCUUAUGAAAUAGCUUCCAAAUGCGUCGGAUAUAUUUUUAAAUCUGUCAAUUACUGAUGUUGUCGCAGUAUAAACUUUUCAAUGUAAGAGAACUUAAGGCACAUAGUCUUUGUGUGCGGAUACAGCUGACCUCCCCAUGCUGGAGCCGUCAGCAUGGGUAAAGUGCUUCUUACUAUAACCCGGAGGCCACACGUCUUGGAAGUCUUGGUGGCCUUUUAAAACCGGAAGGGGAACUACCGGUGGUGCAAAUGGUAAGAGUUAACGCCUUCCACUGAUAUAGGCUGGGUUCGAUUCUAGCGCCACAAAGUGGAUUGACUUUGUUGUUGGUUUUCUUCACAAGUCUACUUCGAGCUGAAAAGUUUUCUCUAAUUUAUUGGGGACGUUUAAGAGGCCACACGUUUAGAACAGUGAAAUCUAUCGGGUGUCACGCUGUCUAAACUACAUAAGUGUAAGUUUUCAUAGUUGCAGUAGAAUUCUUUGACGACAACCCCUACAAAAAAAAAAACAUGCACACUGGCAAUAGAUUUUAUGUACUAAAGAAACCUUAGUUUACAAACUUCUGCUGUUGGGUUUAUUUUAACCUUUUCGGUGCAAAGUUCUUUAAAAUAGCUUGCAUGAGGCAAUGUAUAGUUGAGUCGAUUCCAGUGACUCUUGCUGAUUGGCUGUUUCGUUGUAGCUGUCCAGUUUGGAAAAAAUGCCUUGUUCAGUGGUGACAGUUUCUUGGAAUUCCCAUCAUCGAGCAUGCGAGGACCGAGGUGAGGUUUUUUCUUUGGUGUUCAGUGAACCUUCUGAGAUAACAUUUCUCAGCAUCAGGAGAGUUUUACGACUGUCAUAAUAGAAAAUGAGCGCCCAAGUUAUUUCCAUCCUGGUAUUUUAUAGCCGAAAUACCUUAUAAUCCACAGUGCAAUGUUUACGGCUUUGAGCAUGCAUGCGUCCAUUUUUUUUUACAGAUCGACAACACCUGACUAUAUGUCACUUGAGAUAAAAACAGAAGCUCAAAAUGGUGUAAUCCUAUGGCAAGGAGAGGUAAAUUAGAGUGUUGUAAUGAGUUCGGCCAACAGAGAUUGUUUAUAACUCAUGCCUGAUAAUCCGAUGACCAGAAAAGACAUCCAUCUACUUUGCCACAUUCAGUUCUGACCUUUUUCUUAGUUAUUAAAAGAUUGUAAGAACAAAACCUUUUUCCAAAACACUUCCGUAUCUCUUUGCCAACACGUUCGUGUAUAUUUCACACACACAGGCCCCUUGCAUUACGAACAGUUCCCUUGAUCUGUAAGGCAUCAAGCAACAAAUAGAUACCUCAUGUUCUCACCUGGAUCAAUUCGGUGUCCCUAUGAAAAAUUUUUCUUCUUGUUCCUUCCAGAGAAGAGACCACUUUGCAAUCGGAUUAAGAGACGGAUUUCUGGAGUUCAGGUAAUUAUUUUAGGACUCUUGACGGCCCAACAACUGGUCUCUUUCUAAACUUUGGUAUUCUUUGCUUUCAGAGUAAAAACACCCAUACAUGUACGUGACCACCAAAAAUGCCAAAAGUUAGGGGUGGCUAAUGGGAGCUCGUCGCAUACGAGACUCUGACGCAUCUGAAUGUCGCUAAAAUGGCCUCUGAAAUAUGUAAUGCAUGCGCACUAAAAAACAUAGACAAUAUACACGUAUUAAAAGAGUAUAUUUCGCCACAUAAAUGUACUGAUGGAUCACAUAACCCACUUAACAUCCGGGGGCGAUAAAAUAAUAGGGAGUUUAAGCAAAAGCAUUUUUGAGUGACGCACGUCAACCGAGGCUAAAAAAUUGUAUUGCUUUGCGUCUUUGCGUCUUUUUUCUCAUAUUGAUGAUUUUGCGGAGAAUUUGGGCAAAAACACUGCUUAAACGUAGUUAACUAUGAAAUUGACUGAAGCACAUCCUCGGUUAAAUUUGUUACACAUUAAUCCUUGAUCACUGAUCUACAUAAAAAAAAAAUAAGGGAACAGACCCCCGGGCCCCUCCCCGGAUCCGCUACUGCAAAUAACCAGGAACUAAAUUUAUCGGUCCCUACCCUGAGAAUACUUUAAAAUCAUGUUAGCAAAUCAGUUACGUCUUUCUUAGAUUUGAACUCGGCUCUGGGCCCGCUGUACUACAAUCUCUGUCUCCAGUCAACGACAGCCAAUGGCACUCCAUCAAGGUUUACAGGUAACAAACUUUUUCAACUACAAUCUUGAAAUAAUAGUUCCUAGAUCUCCGUAUUCUAGAUGCGUUACAUUUGAGGAACAAGGAAGGGCCCGAGAAUAAACCCCCCGACUGUCAACCAUGAAAAAAAAUUUAAUCAAUUAUUGAUUUCGGCUUCUAUAUAAUAUGAAGCAGCACUGACUGCGUGAUGUCAUCCCUCCGAUAUUUUAAUUAUUAGACUAGUGACGUUUGUCGUUUAAUUUUGUAGGAGUUUCAGUGAGGGUUCCCUUAAAGUUGAUAAUCAUGAUCAUGUAAAUGGCACCUCGGCUGAGGGAAGCAAAGGGCUGAAUAUUAACCAAGGUCAUAGCAUAUUUAUAGGUAAGUGCAUUGUAUAUCCUUAUCUUAUCAGUCAUCCCUACGAUCAGAAUGGGCAGUCCGAAAUAUCUGGAUUUCAUAUAUUUGAACUGCGGGAAGAAGAAACAAAUGCAGACAAGAUCAUCAAUACACAACUCAGUUGUAAAAAGAAAGCCUGAAUGCCCGUAUUCGACCCCUGACCUCUGCGAUACCGGUGCAGUGCUCUUACCUAUUAAGCUAGCAAGCAGACUGGGUGUGGAUGGUCCGUUAGUAUUAUCUAAAAGUCUACCUCCUUUAUCAGUGUUCAGGAUGUUUAAUAAUGUAGAAGAUUUUUUUUUCAUAUGAACAGGAGAUAAUUCGAACUAUAGCCUAUAUUAUCUUAAUGUUUUUCCUCUUAUUUCCAAUAGGGGGGGUGAAAAUAUCGCAAAAAUGACACAUGGGAAGUUUAAUACUGGUUUUAGGGGUUGUAUAAAGAAUACAUUUUUCAAGGACAGAGGCAUGGACCUCCAGGGUGACGCUAUUCGCGGCUGGAAUGUCCUACCGUGCGACAGCGAUGAGGCAGAGCCAUGA